UGAUCCCUCAAGUAUCUGCAUCCUCCAGACAAACAAAGGAACAUCCGUCAGUCUGUUUGUCUCCUCCUCUGUCCCUCUCUUCUCCUGUCAUCAGGAAGAAAGCCAUUAAAAUCCCAUCAUUUGAUGAGAAGGGACUUGUCUAUGAAGAAAAUGACACGAAACAGACAAACACUGACAGAUCUUUUGUCCCCAUUUGUUCUUCCAAGAUACCCAGUCAGCCCUCUUGGAGUAAAUCAUCUCAGCAUUCACAGAGAAACCACGGGGAAAGAGCUUCGACCCUGCCAAGAGCCAAGCCCAAAACAUACAUCUCUCCAACUCUCUCUGCACGGCCCUGCAUCUCCAUUUCUCCUGCGCCACAGUCAAAUUCCUCUCCCACUCUGAAACCAAAGCCAAGGGAUUCUCUUCAUCCCAGUGAUCCCUCCCCAUUGCUUCACCAGCCUCAGCUGAAGCCAAGUGUAUCUCCAACUCUGAUUGUUCCAACACCUAGACUGAGUCCAUCACCGACUUCUCUGUGCCAAGGGACGAGUUCAGAAGGAGGCAAACAGCCCUCUCCUGUUGCUAAAGAAAGACGUGCUCGAUCAAUUACCAUAUCCAAUACUAAAGUUGAGCCUGAAUCCAGCAAACAGAGAUCUUCAAAUGAAGCAAAGCAUGACAUUCUUGACCAGGAAGCUUUACUAGACUUUACUCACCCUACCUUGAGGAGAGCUUGUUCCAUGUCUCGAUAUCAGACUGAGUCCCAGAGAUAUGCAGCCAUGUCUCAGAGAUCCUGUUCAUUGCAAGACAAAGUUGGUUUGAGUAAAAAAGACAAUAUUGCGAUAGAUAAACCAAAGCCUCCGCCUAGGAAUACAGAGAUUACUUCAAUCCCUAAACCAAAGUCAAACAUCAAACAGCAACAGGGAUUUCUGCCAAGUGGAGCGACAGGUACACAAACAUCUCUCUCCAAGUCUGAAGGGAUUAAGUUUGCUAAUGUUGUUCAGAGAGAUUCUCAGUCAGCGUUUGAUGUCCCGGCUACUCAGUCGAGCCUGAACCUUCACAGAAAAUAUAUAGAUUACCCUCAGAGGAGGAAUUACACGUCCAGUGACCAAUCAUGUGAACAAAUGUGUUCUGAGAGAAGUGCAGCUUCACCGACGACUCCCAAAAUGUCCUUUUCCAAAGAGCCUUUCUUGAAUCAGUCACCCAAUGUUGAGACCAGGAGAAGACGAUUUGACUUCAGUAGUGAAUUAACACUGGAUACAACAUUUUUAUCUAAUCUCAGGAGACCUCGAGAAGAAAACAACACAAGGACAACUCUAGGAAAUUCAUCUAAACUCUGUCAACAAACCAAUAUAUCUCAACACAUCAAGUCUUCUCAGAAACACAGAUUCUGGUCGAAGGCUCAGAAUCAAACCACACAGAUGGAUGUAAGGAGCGCAGUAAGUCAGUCCGACUGUGUUUCAAAGGAUUACAGCUGCCAGUCGAGAGACAUUGAUCGUGAAACGGAGUCUCCUCAGUGUGCACACAGAUUAAAUCAACUUAAGACAUGUCUGGUGGCACCUCAGACACAGGAGGCUUCUGUUGAGUGCACCACUUCAAAAAUGACCCUCUCCAAACCAGAUAUAAUCUCACACAAACAUCAGUUUGAUCACAUUCAAAAUAAAAGCCAUGGAGAGGUGAGCCUCAGUGACAAAGGACUGAGUCAAACAGAUAUUUUUGCACCAUCUGACCAUUAUGUUGUGCCGGCAAAGCUACCAGAAUAUCCCUCAGAGAAAUACUGCCCAUUCAACACAAACAGGUUUGGCAUCAGGUCAAAGGAGGUCUUUGACCUGCCGUCCCAGCCGCAGCACACAGUGCACCAGAGAGCAGAUGAGACAACAACAACAGCUCCCCCUCCACUACACGGACCAAAUUACUCUCGGGCAGACAGAGCAUUUAUCAUGGAGGAGCCAGAAGACCCCUAUUACGUCACCAUGUAUUACCCAGGUUCAGUGUACGUGGACAUGUCAGACGUAGUUCCUCCAGAAGUGAGACCCAAACCAGCUGUCCCUGCCAAGCCUCCAAAUGUGGGGGGUCCUUCCCCCUCCAGCCCCUUCCCACCCCAGGGCCCGGGCAUUGGAGGAGGAGUAGGAGGGGAAAGGAGCACUUCAGCUCCUCCUCCAAGUGCCAUUCCAGUCCCCAUCGGUACUCACGGCCCGAGCCACGCUGUUGGUCAUAAUGUGGGUCAUAAUGUGGGUCAUGGCGUAGGUCACGGAGUGGGUCACGGUGUGGGCCACGGUGGAGGUCACACUGCAGCACACAAUGGAGGUCAUGGGCAUGGAGGCUCCCACACCUCCAGUGGUGGAUCCACUCUGCUGGGGUACAUUGGUAUUGACACCAUCAUUGAGCAGAUGAGGAAGAAGACCAUGAAGACGGGCUUUGACUUUAACAUAAUGGUUGUCGGUCACAGCGGUCUCGGAAAGUCAACUCUGGUGAACACCCUGUUCAAGUCCCAGGUCAGCAGGAGGAGCGCAGGAUGGGGCCGUGAUGAGAAGAUCCCCAAAACUGUGGAGAUCAAAGCAGUGUCUCAUGUCCUUGAGGAGGGUGGUGUGAAGAUGAAGUUGACAGUCGUCGACACUCCGGGCUUUGGAGACCAAAUUAAUAAUGACAACUGCUGGGAGCCUAUUGCCAAGUACAUCAAUGAGCAGUAUGAGAAGUUCCUGAAGGAGGAGGUCAACAUCACCAGAAAGAAGCGCAUCCCCGACACCAGGGUGCACUGCUGUCUCUAUUUCAUCUCCCCAACUGGACACUCUCUUCGGCAACUAGACGUCGAGUUCAUGAAGCGCUUGAGUCACUCAGUCAACAUUAUUCCUGUCAUCGCAAAGGCGGACACAAUGACCAUUGAGGAGAGACAGGAAUUCAAACAGCGGGUAAGGAAGGAGCUGGAGAUGGGCGGGAUUGAGUUUUACCCACAGAAGGAGUUUGAUGAGGACAUGGAGGACAAGAGCGACAAUGACAAGAUCAGAGAGGCGAUGCCCUUUGCUGUCGUGGGCAGCGACAAAGAAUAUCAAGUGAAUGGCAAACGAGUUCUGGGGAGGAAGACAGCGUGGGGCAUUGUAGAAGUUGAAAAUCCCAACCAUUGUGAGUUUGCUCAGCUGAGAGAUUUCCUGAUCAGGUCUCACCUCCAGGAUCUGAAGGAAGUCACUCACAACAUUCACUAUGAAACCUAUCGUGCCAAGAGACUGAAUGAGAACGGAGGUCUCCACCCCAUAUCCUCCAAUGACACCCAAGAAAGCAACCUGUAGUCAGUUCAGUCAGAGUGUGAAUAAAAACAGUGCAAUGAAGCUGGUAGAUGACUCUACAGAAUAUUAUUAUCAUCGUCACGGCGGCAUCACUGCAUGCUUGGAAACAUUUCUAUCUGUAAAAAUUGGUCAUUUAACAUGUCCAUUUUUGUUUUGAUUCCUAACUCCAUACACCAUCCUCUACACUUCAUUCCUGACAAACACAUAUCAAACCCCUCUGGUUUCAAAGUCAUUCCUAUGAAUAUUUGAAUGAAAGUCCAGUCAAAAAAAGAUAACUUAGUGCCAUUGUAAAAUUAAGACUUUAUUGACUGCCAAUCCCUUGUUGUUUAUCAUUGAGCAGGUAGUGUAAGAUUGGAAAGUGCCACAUUAUUAGGCUAGCUGUAAGCGGCACCUUUUAAGUUUUAGUAUUGUAGCAACGGAUGUCUGAAUUCAGACAAAUGAAAUUAAUUUGAGUUGCAAAAUAUAAAAAUCGUAAGUUCUGUACAGAAGUGAUGCACGAGACAUCUCUGCAGCCGACUCCGUACAAACUUCUUUUUUUAAGUUUCUCUUCAGCAACUGCUCAUUCCAUGAGAGAAUCCCUGUGGCUUUACUGUCAGGAGGGCUUAACAAACAGUGCAAGCUGCGCUGUCUUCUUUAAUACCCACCCUCACGGAGAAAACAAAUGAAAUUUCUCUAAUGUUCCCCAGCCCUGUUCGCGUUUCAUUUUCCAUUUAAAAAUAGUUUGCCUGCACAGACCUGCAUACUAAAAUGAGGAAAAGCUGCAACAUCAGUCACAUAUUGAAUGCAAUUCUGUGGACGGCAGUGUGUGUGUGUGUGUGUAAUUGACUAUGACUGUGCAUACUGCAGAUUCUGUGACUCCAUGAUUCACCAUAAUAGUGCACACAAACUGAACGCUGUGGGAUGAUACAGCUCAGCAUGCUUUGUUCCAUUACAGUGGGUAAAGAGGAAAAAAAUGUGGUCCAGCGCAUUUGUGCUCACUUGCAUUAGCUGUGUAUGCUCUUGCAGUGACACCAAAGGAUAAUUAUAAAACUGAUCAUUGGUUUAAUAAAUAAUGCAUAUUUUUUCCUUGGUUCAUAUUGACUUUGUGACAUAUUUUGACAGCUAAAUGGACAACGUGCAUCCAAUUUGAAUGUUAAUCUAAAAGCCUGCAGCAUGUAAUGUUAUCUGCAUUACUUUAUAUAAAUUAGGGAGUAGCAUGGCCAAUAAUGCCAUAAAAAAAUUGCACACAAGCUUACUCAGCUAUGAGUAAAUCAUAUAUAGUGUAAAUCAGUCCUUGAAAACCGCUGCCACUUGCUUAUGUUUUUUGUUAGGCUCAGUUGAUUUAAUGCAUUUUCUCCUCACUGUCCCCAGCAGCCAUCCAUGAAAGAAUAUUUUCUGACCCAAGAGAAAACAGUGGUGUAAUCAGUACACCUAAUAAUAGGUUAACAAAAUACUUCUUUUUUCCUCAAUGUCUUAUGCAAAGGUUUUUGUAAACAUGACAGAACUCUGAUGUGAUGAUGAGUAAUUGUGUUAAUACCAUUUUAAAAUGAAAUUCAUAUGUUCACCACUUGGUGGCAGCACUCUGCCAUGUAUUAGCAGUGAUUCAGUAGAACAAGACAUACCCGGCUUUGAGUCCUCAGACAUUCCAAAUGUUGAGAUUGCUUAGGUAAAGUUUUGCAGAGCCCAAUCUUAUUUCCUGAUAAAGUUUACAAGGUUUGUAUGGUCCGCUGCUGCCAUUGAUAACUAAUAUAUCUCUGCAGAUCAGGUUUACAAGAAGCUUUAAUCAUAUUACCCCAAUGGUAUGCACUCAAAGUGUUGGUGUAAUUAUUCCAAAUCAAUUUGAAUUAUUAAGUUGUGAACAUGUUUACGAAGUUUUCUUCAGGAACUUAACAUUUAUAUUGUUCUGCCAUGCAGUGUCUGCAGUAGAGCACAAACAUGCCAAAACUACAAGUAAUUCAAUCUUUCGAUAUUUAACAAAUUUUUUUUUUGUUUCAAGUUGAAUCCUCCUUUUGUACAAUCAUACACGUUUGUGCGAUUUUGAUAUGAAAUGUGAUGUCUGCAACAAACUGAUAAUAGUUGUCUGUGAUUGUAGUGCAGUCAAAGGUUUCAAGCAGAAAUUUGAAACAGUGUUUGUGUGCAUGCUUGUGUUCAUAUCUCCUGAUUGCUAACAGCCAAUCAGUUCACACAUCACUGCAACUUUGCAUCAACUUAUCAACUAUUUCUGAAUGUGUGACAUGUACAUCAAAUUGCUAUUUCAUGAGGUUAAAACGCUGCUGUCUUAACUCCUGUAACUAAACUGACAGCCCACUAUCCACAUAUCACUCAUGCCCUUGAAUCAAUACAACUUCACAAUGUAUUAUAUUUAUUUAAUAACCAUUUUUCUCAACGUUGCUGUGACAUAUUGAGAUAUAAUUUUCAGUGUUAUAUUGAGUUAUUUAUACAUUAAUGUCUUAUUAUUGUAAUUUAUUCUUUAUUUAAUAAAAGCACAU